GCGGCAUUCGCUCAUGGGGAGAAGGAGUGAUCGGGAUCCGCCCUGUCUGCAUCGCUGGGAGACUUUGCACGAGGCAGAGGGCGAAGAGGGGGGCGUCAGGCAGGUGCGGGCUGUGCCUGGCUAUUCAUAGUUGGAUUCCUGGAAAGGGCUGAGCCCGAAGGAGCCCUCUUGAGGAGGUUGGGAGGGGGUAUCUGGGCCCCACUCCCGCCCUUUGUUUGGGCUCUGUCUCCGCUCCGCCGGCCGCUUCAUUGUCGCCUAGCAACAGCUGCUUUGUGUUGUGAUUGGCUGAGUUCCUGGCAGCAACGACCAAUGAUACGGUUGUUGCCAUGGGAGGUGCGGCUUGCCAAACUCUCAGUUAGGCCCCGCCUGCCUGGUCUUUACCGUCCGGGGCGGUCCUCCUAGGUUGGGGGGCGGGACGCCAGGGUCCCUGGGGGCGGGUGGCCUCUGAGGGCAGGGCGGGGCCGGCGGUGUGAGGGUUAACCCUCCCCUCCCCCGUCCACCUGCUUUCCCCUCCCCCGCUUGCCCUGAGCUGACCUUAGUCCACUCCUUUCCCCGCCCCUAGCGGCGGCGGUGCACGGCGGCGCCUGUUGUCACCCACCGGGCUGCCUGUCCUGCUUGCCCUCACCACCGCGGGGUUUGCCACCCCGACCGGGCAGGGAACCAGCGGCUGCCUUCUCACCACUACCACCACCAUGCUGGCUGCUCGCCCACUCCACUGGGGGCCCCAUCGCGCCCCAGCCCCCCGAGGGCCCCGCACCAGCCCUGACCCGGGUCUCAGCGGCGGUGGCAGCCGAGGUGCAGGAUGCGAGAAGGCGCCCCCCGGCCGGGCUCCCGCUCCAGGUCUCGCACCCCUGCGGCCCUCUGAGCCCACCAUGGCCAUCCCACCAGGCCAUGGGCCCUUCUCUGGCCUCCCGGGGCCCCAGGAGCACAUGCAGGUAUUGCCUGAUGUGCGACUGCUGCCUCGGAGGCUGCCCCUGGCCUUCCGGGAUGCAGCCUCAGCCCCGCUGCGCAAGCUCUCCGUGGACCUCAUCAAGACCUACAAGCACAUCAAUGAGGUAUAUUAUGCGAAGAAGAAGCGUCGGGCCCAACAGGUGCCACCCCAGGACUCGAGCACCAAGAAGGAGAAAAAGGUCCUAAACCAUGGUUACGAUGAUGACAACCAUGACUACAUUGUGCGCAGUGGCGAGCGCUGGUUGGAGCGCUACGAGAUUGAUUCUCUCAUAGGCAAAGGCUCCUUUGGCCAGGUGGUGAAAGCUUACGAUCAUCAGACGCAGGAGCUGGUGGCCAUCAAGAUUAUCAAGAACAAAAAGGCGUUCUUGAACCAGGCCCAGAUUGAGCUGCGGCUGCUGGAGUUGAUGAACCAGCAUGACACGGAGAUGAAGUAUUACAUAGUGCACCUAAAGCGACACUUCAUGUUCCGGAACCACCUGUGCCUGGUGUUUGAGCUGCUGUCCUACAACCUGUAUGACCUCCUGCGCAACACACACUUCCGCGGUGUCUCACUGAAUCUGACCCGGAAGCUGGCCCAGCAGCUCUGCACCGCGCUGCUCUUUCUGGCCACACCUGAGCUCAGCAUCAUUCACUGCGACCUCAAGCCUGAGAACAUCCUCCUCUGCAACCCAAAGCGCAGUGCCAUCAAGAUUGUGGACUUUGGCAGCUCCUGCCAGCUUGGCCAGAGGAUCUACCAGUAUAUCCAGAGCCGCUUCUACCGCUCGCCGGAGGUGCUCCUGGGUACGCCCUAUGACCUGGCCAUUGACAUGUGGUCCUUGGGCUGCAUCCUGGUGGAGAUGCACACUGGAGAGCCCCUGUUCAGUGGCUCCAAUGAGGUGGACCAGAUGAGCCGCAUCGUGGAGGUGCUGGGCAUCCCACCAGCCCCCAUGCUGGAGCAGGCACCCAAGGCUCGAAAGUACUUUGAGCGGCUGCCUGGGGGUGGCUGGACCCUACGACGGACAAAGGAACUCAGGAAGGAUUACCAGGGCCCUGGGACACGGCGGCUGCAGGAGGUGCUGGGCGUGCAGACGGGCGGGCCCGGGGGCCGGCGGGCGGGGGAGCCGGGCCACAGCCCCGCCGACUACCUCCGCUUCCAGGACCUGGUGCUGCGCAUGCUGGAGUAUGAGCCCGCCGCCCGCAUCAGCCCUUUGGGGGCUCUGCAGCACGGCUUCUUCCGCCGCACUGCGGACGAGGCCACCAACACAGGCCCGGCAGGCAGCAGUGCCUCCACCUCACCCGCACCCCUCGACACCUGCCCCUCCUCUAGUACCGCCAGCUCCAUCUCCAGUUCUGGAGGCUCCAGUGGCUCCUCCAGUGACAACCAGACCUACCGCUACAGCAACCGAUAUUGUGGGGGCCCUGGGCCCCCCAUCACUGACUGUGAGAUGAACAGCCCCCAGGUCCCAUCCUCCCAGCUGCUGCGCCCCUGGGCAGGGGGUGAUGUGCCUCACAAGACACAUCAAGCCCCUACCUCUGCCUCAUCACUGCCGGGGACCGGGGCCCAGUUACCCCCCCAGCCCCGAUGCCUUGGCCGUCCCCCAUCACCAACCUCACCACCACCCCCGGAGCUGAUGGAUGUGAGCCUGGUGGGCGGCCCUCCGGACUGCUCCCCACCUCACCCAGCGCCUGCCCCCCAGCACCCGGCUGCAUCAGCCCUCCGGACUCGGAUGACAGGAGGUCGUCCACCUCUCCCACCCCCUGAUGACCCUACCGCUCUGGGGCCUCGCUUGGGCCUCCGUGGUGUACCCCAGAGCACAGCAGCCAGCUCAUGACCCUGCCCUCUCCCUAGGGCCCCUCCUGAAGCCAUACCCCCUCCCCAUCUGGGGGCCCUGGGCUCCCAUCCUCAUCUUUCCCCUUGACUGGAAUUGCUGCUACCCAGCUGGGGUGGGUGAGGCCUGCACUGAUUGGGCCCGGGGCAAGGGGUCAAGGAGAGGGAUUUGGCCACACUCCCCACUUAAGGACUGGACCCUUGGCCCCCUCUCCCAUUGUUUUCUAUUUAUUGUACCAAAGACAGUGGUGGUCUGGUGGAGGGGAGACUCCCCUUACCCUAGGGCCCUAGGAGGGGGUGGGGGCAGGUGGGGGAGAUGGCCUUGCUCCUCCUCGCUGUACCCCCCAGUAAAGAGCUUUCUCACAUGCCUGCCUGAGCGUUUGCAGGGCCUUGGUCCCCUCACCCGACCCUCAGAGGCAUGGUGGGGCAAGGGUUUGGGGAAGGGGAUGCCAGAUGAUCUCUGGUGUGGAUACAUCCCUUCUGGAGAAGUUAUGGCUGUUGAUGGAGCAUGGGCCUGCAGGAGUUCUGGGGCUAAAGCAUCCUGCACAGAAUCCUGGCCCGUAUUUGCCUUUUCCAGGGUAAACAGAUUAUAAAGGAGUAAAUGCCCCCCUUCUGGCCUGUCUCUGGGAAGCACCAUGUACUGCCCUUGUAAGUCGGGGCUCCCAGAAUCUGCACAGGAGCAAUUUCUUGUGCCAGGCAGGGUUCUGGGUGCACGCUGCAGGCCUUGUUUGUACCAUCAGGGAAACAGGCAAGCAGUGGGUAGACUUAAUCCACACGUUUGGUUCCAUCCUUUGGAAUCAUUGCGGAGCAAAGCGUUUUGAGUCUCAGGCAAAAAGAUACUCCCUGGGUUCCAGGUAAGUGGUCUUACUUCCAUGGCAGUUUGGAAAUUUCUAUCUCCCAAUCGGCCAAUCAAGAACCGCUUGGUUCAAAGGGUAGGUUAUCACACCAUUGGGGCGCGGCGAUUUCUGGGAAAUGGAGUUCUACGUGGCAAUUUCUUUACUCGCUUUUGAUGGUGAACUACAAAGACCAGAAUUCUUUUCGCUCAUACGUUUGGGGGGGGUUUCGGGUAGCCAAUCAGGAGUCGAAGGAAGGGAAAGCCGGACGUCGCAGGCGGAUCAGUAGAGGUAGAGAAGGCCAUGAUUGGAUGGUUUGGGCUGUGUACUGCUCACUUGCUUAGUUUUGCCUGGUGUGCGAAAGGUGGGCUUCUGGGCUAAGCGGACAGAGCGCACAAGUUAGAAGUGUGCAAUUCCAGAGAAGGUGGUGGCGCAGAGAACUGAUGUGGCUGCGUUGUGCGCGACACGGCUGCUUGGUAUGUCUGUGCAGGCUUUUAAGAAGCUCGUUUUAGUAGUGGAUACAGGUUAGGACCCAGGCGACGGAUCUGUACCUGUUGACUUACGGGAGGCAGCUUGAGAUGCGGUGGGAAUGGUGGGAAUGCGGGAAAAACGGAUAGGGAGAGCGUCCUGAAAGGGUAGGUGCUCUCAUAGCUGAGAUCUGGAAGCGAAAAGGAUAUACUGGGGAUGAUGGUGGAAUGGCAUGUGCAGAAACAGCAUGCAAAAAGGCCGGUAUUUUGUGAGCUGCAGGUGACUGUAUGGUCUUGGAGAUAAUUUUGAAAAUUCUGAAUAGAUUCCAUUGUGGCAGAUUUUCUUGGUUAAUUAGGUUGCUGGACUUUGUCCUGAAAGCAAUGAGGAGCCAUAAGAGGAUUUCAGGAAGGUAAGGGACAUAUCCCUGUUUCCUGCAAUGUGAGAAUGGGUAAAGAAAUUGGGGUGUGAUGGCUGUAGCAUAUUCCUAGCCAAGAGAUACCACGGGUAAAUUAGGGUUGGGCCAUGCUAAGGAGUGCAGGAGAGGGAGGGUAGGUUGACAGGAUGUGUGUGGAGGGGAAGGUAGAGGAUGGGAAAGGAACCAUUCCUGUGCAUGGAACAGUAUUCACCUUCUAACAUCGUAGAUUCUCUGUAAAAUUUUUUUUUGUUUUGUGGCUCUAGGGCUUAAACCCAAGCCUUUGUGCAUGCUGGGUAAGCGCUCAACCACUGUCACACCCCCAUCUGCUUCAGUAAAAAUAUUUUGGAUGAAUAGCACUAGGAGAGAGGUACUAUUAUGAUCUCUCUUUUGUAGAUGAGGACCCUGAAGGCAGAAGUGAUUCAGUAACUUGCUCAAGAGAUCAUACAGUUACCCGUAGAAAAUGGGCUCAAGGGUGUGUGUGUGUGUGUGUGUGUGUGUGUGUGUGUGUGUUUGAGAACUUUACAGGGUGCAAGAUAGCCUAGAAGCACCAUCAGAGGCCAGAUUAUAUAGAUCCUGUAGGCACAGAAGUGUAGAUCUCACAUUUCUGUUUCCAGCCCAGGACUUCUCCCCUGAGUUCCUGACUGACUGCCUAAUUAAUACCUCUUUGUUUAUCUCCAGAGUAAUCUGGAUCACACUGAACUACAGUGGCAGACUCCGCAAUGGUCUUCUGUUCUCACCCUUCCUGCCACAAUCUGUUCCUCACAUGCAGCUAGAGGGACUCUAAAAACGUUUGCAUCAGGUCUUAUCCUUCGAUACUUAGAACCCUUCCAUAGCUCCAUCUCAUUUAAGUUAAAAGCCAGAAUCUUAUCCAUGGCCUACAAGGCUUUGCACAGUCUGUCUUUCUCAUGAUCUGACAUCAACUAUCCUUGUUCAUUGUGCUCCGGACACACUGACCUCGGUGCCUUUGCACUUGCUGUUUCAUUUUCCUUGGAACACUCAUGUCUCAGAUAAUGCCAGAUUCAUUCCUGCAUCCGUUUUAAGUCUUUACUCAGAUAUCACUUUUUCAUAGGAAUUUUUCCUCACCAUCUUUCUAAAAUUAUAACAUUACCAUCCAUAUCUACUUUUUCUUCUUGAACUUUUUCUUUGUGUUAAUCAUAUCACUGUUAAUACAGUUUGUCUCGUUUAUUUUCCCCCUACCCUAGAGAGUAUCAGCUUCACAAGGUCAGCUUUUGUCUACUUCAUGCUUUAUCUGCAACACCUAGGAGUGCUUGGCACAGUAGGACAUUAACUUUAUCAGAUGAAUAGUUUCAGAGCAUGGAAUUGGAUUCCAGCAUCCUGAGGACUCUGCACAUCCCCUGCCUGUAUACCUUAAGCUGUUCUGAGGGCUCAAGACAAUUAACAGAUACUUCAUCCUACCUCUGCUUUAUGCUCAGUGUUGAGAACACAACAGUUUUCCCAUCCAAAGAACUCAUUCUCAGCAGUGAGGGUUCAGAAGGUCAAAUAAUUUACACAAAUGUGGAAUUACAAAGAAUGGCAGAGAGUGCUAUAUAAGCAUUGAUAGGAAAUCUAAUCUGGAUCCAAGGAAGAGGUUUGAGGCCAAAAAGGAGUUGACAUUAACUCCAUCAAAGAGUGUGUGAUACUUAGAACCCAGAAGUUGAGGUGAAUCAAGAGGCCAGACCAUGUUGAUCCUACGAGGAAUGUGAGUUCUUGCUGCUUGUGUAGUGGGAAGUUGUAGGGUAACUUUUAAAGUAUAGCACUGAAAAAGAACCCAGUGAGUUCAGUAUUUCAAAAGAUUUCUCUGAACGUUGUGCUAUUUUAGUUGGUGUGCCAGGCAUGGGAGUGAUACCAUCUUGGGUAUCCUAACCCAACAGCCAUCUUAUACUCUCUGGAGUAGAGACAAACCAUCCUAAGGUCUCUCAUCUCUCAUCCUCCUGAAUUUUGCCAGGACUACAGAAUCAUAAGCAAAUACUUAGCUGCUAUCUACAGGACUGUGUUUUAGGAUGAUUUGUUAAGCAUCAGUAGCUAAUAAAAAUAAGUUAAUAUUUUUUCAGAUCUUACCACUUUAUAUAUUAGCUUAUUGAAUCCUCAAAGCCACUCUAAGUGGCACUGUUAUUAUUCCCAUUCUACAGAUGGGAAAGUGAAAGGGAAGAGACAGAGAAAGUUGACAAAGUACUAGCAAGGUACCUGGCCCGUGCUACACCUGAAUAUGUAAUAUUUAUUAUCAGCAUCGGAAUUUUCAUCAUUGUUACAGAAGUGGUGGCCAGAUGAAUACUAGCAUUUUGAACUCACUGCGAAUGGUGUGGCUACAGGCCAUUUUCUUGGAAGGACUAGUAGAGGCAGAAAGGCAUCAGCGCCUUGUGAUACUAAUGGAGUGUCAGACCAAGCCUGAGCUUGAGCGACUUACUCCUAGACUUUCUCAUGAGGGACCCAUUAUAUCUGUGCCAUUUAAGUCACAUUGAAUAAGCUCACUAUUACUUGGAACCCUAAACAUCUUAACUGGUCCCAGCUCGUCUUUGUGUGCCUGAACGUGUCUGUGCGUUCAUGUGUGUCUGUGUGGUGUUGGGGAUGAAAAACCAAACAACUUACACAUCUGGGCAAGUGCUGUGUCACUGAGCUCUGUCACCAACCCUCCUGGGUCUUCAUUCACUUGUUUUCUGAUUCAUUAGAUAUUGGGUGCUUAUUGUGUGCCAAACACUGUUUAAGGUACUGGUGUUAUAACAGCAAGCAAGACCUUCAAAAACUCUACACUCAUGAAGCCUACUUUCAGUGGGCAAGGUGAUGCUUAGUAUCAGUGAAAAGAGUUAUGAUAUUUGAGGAUUGGCAGGAUAGAGGGAUAAGAGGGCUAUUUUAAGGGAUGGGUUAAAGAUGUGUUUGAGGAAACUCUUAGCAGAAGACCUGACCAAAAGAUAAGAAGCCAGUUCUACAAAUCUUUUGAGACGAGACGUUGGCUGGGGGUGGGGAAUCCCAGCAUGUUCAAAGGUUCUGGGACAUAGAGUGUUUUAGAGGAGUAGAAAGGCCUGAAUUAGACCAGAAUAAAUAACGUGGAAGGGAAGGGGAAAAGGGCAGGGUCACAUGGUGCCUAAUAUGCCAGGUAAGGACUUGAUAUUGGUGCUGAGUGGCAUGGGAAGCAGUCGGGCUUUUUGGCUGAAGCGAUGUGAUCUAAGGUUCUCCCUCUGGUUGCUAGGUGCAUGCCAGUAGGACUCCAAUGGAGAGAGAUGCUGCGGGCUUGGCCAAGGUGGUAGCAAAAGAUGUGGUCAGAUGUUGGAUCUAAUUUGAGGGAGAAUUCCCAGGCCUAGGCUGUUGGUGUGGAAUGGGAAAGAGGAGUCCAGGGCAACUGGUAACUGUGUGGAGAAGAGUAAUGCAGGAGGGACUCACCAUGCAAGUGGGGUCUGAGCUUGGGGGUAGCUGGCGUGCUUGUGGCAUGUUUCUUUGAGCCUUAGAUUUGCAGAUUUGUGAAAGGCCAGGCUGAGCUCACAUAAGGGAGAAGGUGUAGAUGGAAAUGAGAUUUGAGAAUGAGAGCUGGAAGGCACAGGAAGAGGUGGGAGCUGUGUCCCUGAUGAGAGCUGGCUGUGUGUGGAUGAAGGCUGGGCAGGAGUGUGUGGAGCUGUUGGAGCCUGGGUAAAUUCUGAAUGCAGGACCCACAGUGGGUCGACUGGGAGUAGUGACAGGAGGAAAUGCAAAACAGCCUCAUGAGAAUGUAACAGUCAGAACAUAGGUUGUGGAUCCUUGGCUUUCUCGGCUGUUCCUGGGGCUCUGUGGCCUCCCCUUUGCUUUGCUGACCCUGGGGGAACUGUCGCCCCGACCCUGUGUGACCUUCCAGUUUUGCUCCCCAUUUCCAGAAGCUGAAUGGCUGGAGGUUUCCUGCUCUGAUACCUGGAUGCUGUGAAGGGCUGUAGCCUGGGCAGGCACCCAAAUAUUUAUAGUUGCAAUGUGUUUGUGAGAGUGGGUGUGCUAGGGGAGGGAACGUGGAUGUGUGUAGUACGGUGCGGGGGUCUGACCUCUUUCCGUGGAUGUGCGGUGGGUGUGCGCAGUGGGCCAUCUGUGUUGCCUCAGGUGUGUCUGGAUUGAUCCGUGCUGUAGAGGGCACUAGGAAGGCUCUGAGAAGAGUCAGAGGUCAGGCUGAGAGUAUCCCUGGCCUGCUUCCACCUGCCUGUUGGUGUUCCCAGUGCAGUCAUGGAGACGUGUUACUGGCCACAGAGCAGCCAGCCACUGCCCUCAAAGUGCACAGCACAGUGGGACACUGUGUUCCAGCAGUGGUCAGCAGUCACAACAGGGAUGGGGAGGCCUGGACAAAGGGGUUGGGACAGGAUAGGGCACCCCAGGUGCUGUGGAACCCAGAGCUGAUACCUCACCCCAGCCUGAGGUGUCAGAAAAGCCUGUCUGGAAGAGAGGACAUGUGAGAUGAGUGCUCGGGAGUCAAAUAAAGGGCGUUUUAUGAAGCCUGCUGGUGACUGCUGGUAGCCAAGUGAGUAGAGACUAGAAAUGGUUUUCGAGCCUUUUUUGUUCUUAGUGAUUUUAAAUUUGCAGAAAAGCUGCAGAGGCUUCCCAUCUACCUAACACUCGCUUCCCAUAAUGUUAGCCUCUCGUACAAUUAUGGUAUGACACAUCUGUCAAAGCCAAGAAAUUAACACUGAUUAGUAUUUUAUUAAACUCCAGACUUAAUUGACAUUUCUCUCGUUUUUCCACUAAUGUUCUCUUUCUGUUCCAGGAUCCAAACCAGGAUACCAUGUUGCAUUUAUUCACCAUGUCUCCUUGAUCUCCUCCAAUCUGUGACAGUGUCUCACUCUUAUCUUGUUUUUCAUUACUUGCAGUUUGAAGGAAUGCUGGUCAGGUAUUUUGCAGACAUUCCUCCUAUCUGGGUUUGUCUGAUUUUUUUUUUUUUUUUUAAUUCGUUAGAUUGCGAUUCAAGGCUUUGGGAAGAAUGCUUACUGAGAUGAUAUUAAUUUUGAUCCCUCAUUAAUGUGGGGUCUGUAGGCUUCUUAACUGUGAUACUGUUAUUUUUCCUUUUCCCUUCUCUAUUCAUUGGAGGCAAGUUGCUAAAUUCAGCCCACACUCAAAAGGAAGAAUACUAAGUUCCAGUUCCUGGAGAGAAAAAUAUCAAAAGAACUUGUCUCCGUUUGUUAAAACUACUAUGACGUAUCGGUGUUUUCUGUUGCUGCUGUUGCUAUCAUAUCUGAUAUGGGUAAUGUAUAAAGAAGACACUUACUGUUUUAGUUCACAGUUUUGGAGACUGAGAGCCCAAGAUUGGGUGGCCCCAUUUGUUUGGCAGGGCAGCAGCAUCAUGGCAUGAGUGUGUGAGAGCAGGAAGCUGGUGAGUGGGCAGGGCCAGGCUUGCUUUUUAAAAACUCACAGGGAAAUGAGUGAGGUUCCUACGAGAACUAUUUGCCUCUUGAGGGGAUGCCCUGGUGACCUAAUGACCACCACUAAGUAUUCCCUGAAAGGUUCCACCACCUCUCACAUUGCCUUCAACACACACAUUUGAGGGACAUAUUUAACUUUACCCAAACCAUAACACACAGUGAUGAAUAAAAAGGGGGGAGCACUUUGAGUCUGUGGAAAUAUCCUGUUUCUCCUUAAUGGCUCACCCACUAAUUUUAGCAUUCAUCAGUGGAUCUUGCAUAUAGCAGUUAUUACUCCAGUAUUCUAAGAUAACUUCCUACUUCCCUCUUGCUUUAACAUUUGCUAUUUUUAAUUCUAUAUGGAAUAUUUUCAUCUUCUGUGUGUUUCACUUAAACGAUCAUUAAUAUUAGCAUGGACUCAUGGAUAUUUAUUCUGUGUUUCCAGGAUAAGCCAAUAUUAUGGUAAGCCCCUUGCUCUCUAGCACCCUGGUUGUUUUAGCUUUAUUAGGGCUGUUUCAGACUGGCACUGGUUUUGUUUGUUUGUUUGUUUGUUUUUAGAUAGGGUCUUGCUCUGUAAUUCAAACUGGCUUUGAACUCACUGUGUAACCCAGGCUGGCCUCAAACUCAUGACAAUCCUCCUGGCUCAGGCUCCCAAGAGUGAGGAUCAUGGGCAUGCACCACCAUGCCUGGCUCCUGUGUUCUUUUUUUUGUUGUUGUUCUUUUGUUUCUUACGCACCUUAUUCUAUCACUUCAAGAUGUCCCAGGCUCGUGUUGGAUUUUCCCUGUUCUGAGCCUGUAAUUGGCAGUUUCUCCAGGGAGGACUGGCUCAUUUAUAGUGGAAUGGUAUUGGAAACUGAGGUCUUGGGCCGGCAGUUUAGCUCAGCAGCAUAAGUGCCUGUCUGGCAACUUGGAGGUAGUGAGUUCAAUCCCUGGUACCAAAAAACCCAAAACCAAAACCAAAACGAUCUAGGCACAGGUGUGCUCAUUGUUACUGGAAUGUCACUGUUUCUUAUCUUCAGCUGGCAGAGCUAGGGACUCUAAGCCCCUGUGUGUGUGUGUGUGUGUGUGUGUGUGUGUGUGUGUGUAAAAUAAGCAUGAUCCAGGUGUGGUGGCCCAUGCCUUUAAUCCCAGCUGUUGGGAGGUAGACACAGGAGGACUGCACAUUUGAGGCUACCCUGAGCAAUGUAGCAAGACCCUGCUUCAGAAUAAAAAGCACUCAGUGGUAGAGCACUUGCCUAGAGGCCCUAGGUUCACUCUCCAGUGCCAUAAAAAAUAAUAAUAGUGAAAAUAGCCAGGGAUUUGGCUCAGUAGUGUAGGCGCGAGGUCAUGAGUUCAAUCUCCAGUACAAAAAAAAAAAAAAAUGCGCAUGGAUUCAUACUGGUAUCAGACUCUGGCCCACCCCUGGAGGCCUCUUUCUCCUCUCCUCCUGCUCUCUAUAACAUCUUUCUUUGACUGUGAGAGGCCUGGCAUAGCGGGUGCUAUUUCGUCAUCUUACUGGUCAUCUUGGUGAGACUUGGAGGUCCCUGCCUCCAAAAAACACACUGAACUCACACACCUGUGACUGCUGUCCCCAUGCACUUUUGGGGUUUGCUUCUUUGCAUAGCAAUUCCUGUGUUUUUACUGAUCUCUUAUGUAUGGGAGUUCUGUUAUUUCUCCACUAUCAUUACCAUCUUGCUCUCUUCUGUAGAGUGUUUCUUGUCUCUGUGCUGCUGUCACCCUCUCUGUCCUCAGAGCCCCAGAUCUGGGAGGUCCUGACGCCUGUUGAACACCCAUCCCCAACUCCAGUGGUCCUUGGGCUCCUAACAUGCACCGUGACCCGAAUCCAGUGCGUUCCUCCUCUCAGCCCCUGUCUUGGGUGGGCCUCCCUACACUCUAGGCUGCACCCUGGAUGUCCCCCUUCCCAUUUCUGCCCCCGCGCAGCCCAUUAACCCUCAUGGUGUAUCCACCAGGACUCUGGACAUUUCUUGACCCUGCUGUCUUCCUUCUGUCUAUUGCUUGACCUUGUUUCAGCCUGGUCUCCUCUCUGGCUUCCUAGCCCUCACUUAACAGUCCAAGUAAGCCCCUGGUAGGAGAAAAAUAAGAAGCUCCACUGUGGUUUUUAAGAGGAAAAAACGUUCAGGACCUGCUUUAUUACUGUAAAAAUCCCACAGCGGUAGGAAAAGAACAGAAGCAUAUUUCUCUGUGCACCGUAAGCCCGGAUGAGCUUUCAGGGAGCACUUGUAAGUGUCCUUUUGAAUCACAUCCACUGAGGGAGUCGGCUGUUAGCAGUUUCCUUAGUUAUUGUCAUAAACAUGAAGUAUACAGUCUCCAUGCCUCUCACAAGCAUCUGGCACAGCUGAGUUGUGUGAAAGGCUUCAGUGUGGUAAGAGGAAGGUGGUUAGUCUGUUGCAUCAGGGGAGUGGCUGUCUUUACUCUGGAGUGAGUUCAGGGUCCAGGAAGUAUCAAUGUCCCUGCUUUUUGACGUCUUGCAGUUUGAAAUCUGGUGAGCACGUGUUUUAAGAGUAACUGCUGACGUUUACCUAAAGGCCUCUUUGUGUUGGGCCCUGUGCUAGGUCCUUUCGUGCACUGAUUCACUAAUCUUACUUUGUUGGUACUGGUGCUGGGGGUGGAGCCCAGGCCCUUGAGCACAUGCUCAGCACACACCACCACACAGCUACACCUUGUCCCUAAUUCUGCAGCCUUGAUACAGCCCUUAAGAGAGAGCUACUGUGAUUUCCCCAGUUUCCCAGUGAGGCUUCAGGUUCAUAGUUAGAAAGUGGUCAUGGCAAGAUUUAAAUCCUGGAGUCUUGGUUCUAUCAUGAGUGCAAUUAGUCAUUUUUGUGGUUGUCGUUUGUUUCUUGAGACAGGGUCUUGCUAUGUAGUCCAGGCUGGCUUCAAACUCAUGGUGAUCCCUCUGCCUCAGCCUCCCAAAUGCUGGGAUUAUAGGCAUGCAUACCGCACCCAUCUCUGGACUCCAUUCUUAAAGGAAGAAUUCUAUUUCCGAUCUUGUGGUUUAUUCUUUUAGGUAGGGUUUAAAUUUUUUCAACAAUUAAAAACCUUUUCACUUUCUCCAGUUAUUUGUAAAGAACAAUACUUUUAACUUUGUUUUUAAGAAAAUUUCAAACAUACACAAAAAUAAUCUUUUUUUUUUUUUUUUUUUGUCUUUUUCCUUUUUAUCGGUACUGGGGAUUGAACUCACAACCGCCUGCUUGCAAGGCAGGUACUUGUGCCGCUGAGCUAAAUCCCCAGCCCCCCAAAAUAAGUAAUCUUAAUGUGCUCCCAGGUACCCAUCACCCACCACAACCAUUAACAGCAUGUGGCCAUUCUUGUUUUUUCCAUAUCCUGUCCAUUCUCUCCCCUGCUUUUUAUCUUAAAGCAAAUUCCGAUUUUUAAAAUGAUGUUUCUAGAAGAAAACCCACAAUUCCUUGGCCUGUCCUUCCCGUCCGGGCCAAGUGACCACCUUCCUGGUUCUUGUUCCCUUUCUCCUGGUUUUCCAAAUGCAGCGAGGCUGGGUAGUGUGAAGUUGUCACUGCAGCUCUGUCUCUGGCUUAUUUCCUGUAACCUUAUACUCCAGGUGCUUUCCUGCUGGGGGGGGGGUGGGUGCUGAAAGCGAUCUGAUCCUUCUUAGUGACCAUGGACAGGCUGGGGUUGCUUGGCAAUACUGCCCUGCCAUAGGACAUUUAAUCUGCUUGUGGCUUUCUGCCAUGGUUGUGGCCUCUUCCCUUUUUGGGUUAUUUUCUGGAUCCCUGUCCACUCAAGCCAGGUCAAGCCUCCCUCGAUACUCCUUGCACACUGCAACUUCAUGUUUUGCGUGUGGCAUCUGCUGCAGUCAAAAUAGAACACUAACUUGGGAACUUGUUUACCAAUUGCCUGCUGGGAGCCUUAUGAGGCAGGUCUGUCUUCCCCAUGCUGUGUCCCCAGCAUCAGCUGGCACAGGACCUGGCACUGAGUAGGUGCUCGGAAACCAUGUGUGAAUGAAUCAACACAAAGCUCAAAAGCUGGGCGUUUACUAUGAGAGCAAUAGAAAGUGUUUUAAGCAAAACGACCCAUUUUUUUCAGUCUUUAAUGUGCAUCUGAAUCUCCUGGGGCCUUGUUAAAAUGCGAGCUCUGCUUCAGCCGGCCCAGGCCUGGCAUGGGCCUGGGAGCCUGCACUUCUAACAAGCUCCCAGGCGCCACCAGGGCGUUGGGUAGCGAGGGUCUCUCUGCUGAUCAGUGCAGCAGCCACAGCCACCUGUGGUUGUCGAGCAUUUGAAAUGCGGCUCGUGUGAACUGAGAUGUAUUUUAAAUGUACAAUGCCCACCAGAUCUGAAAGACUCAGUACAAAAAACUUUUAUAUUGGUCACAUGUUGAUACAGUAAUAUUUUUGGAUACCUUGGAUUAAAUAAAAUAUAUUAUUGAAAUUAA